AAUUUGCACAUGAUGUGGAUGAAAAUUUUCAAAUAAAUGAAUAUUUAAAAUAAGAAAAAGAAAAGCAUGAGUGUGAACUGUGAAGUUUAACGAAAAGUCGAAUUACUUUGAUUCUGGGUUUUUGGUAUUCCCACUCUUCUACGGUGAAAUUCAAACUCUUCUUCCUCUUUACUCAAAAUCCUGAAUCGCUGUCACUAAGGGUUUGUGGUCCAAAACGCUGGGUUUUGAUUCAAUUCAUAGUUUCUGGUUCAAUCCAACUCUUCUUUUAGCCCUCUGGUAGUGAUAAUGCAGGCAACUUCCAUCAUAGCUUCAAAAGGAUUAGCUAUGAAUCACUUUUUCUAGUCUUUCCAAGGGAAACCCUUGAAGUGCUCUUAUCAUUAGCUACACUAUCAUGGAUGUUGAGGCAGUAGAUGAGGGGGAAAAUAGUGAUAGACCUGCUUCUAAUGAAAAAGGCCAGGAACAAAAUAUGAUUGUAGACUUGGCUGAGAGAGAAGUAAAUAAUCAGGAUGGUGAAGCAUGUAGGAAACCGCAAGUGGGUAUGCUGUUUGAAUCUGAAGAUGCUGCAAAAUCAUUUUAUGAUGCAUAUGCAAGACAUGUAGGAUUUCGCACACAUGUUGGUCAAUUCAAUCGAACUAAGCCUGAUGGUCCAAUUAUAACGUGGGACUUUGCUUGUGCCAGGGAGGUAUUUAAAAGGAAGAAUGUAGUUAGUUGCAAUGCAAAGCUUAGGGUGGAGAGAAAAGAUGCAAACUGGGUAGUGACAAAAUUUGUUGAGGAUCAUAACCAUUCCCUGGCUUCAUCUAGAAAGGUGCAGUACCUUCGACCCCGUAGACAUUUUGUCGGUGCUACGAGGAAUGUUACAGAGACAUUUGAUGCCAGUCAUGAUUCCUAUGUUUCCAUGAACGGAAAUCAUUUAGAACCGGUUAGUUUAGUUAGCAGUUCCUCACCAGCAGAAAAAAGUCAUCCAAUGAGAAACAUUGGGUCUUUUACCUAUGCAAGAUCUUCUCAAAAGAGAACCCUUGGAAGAGAUGCUCAAAAUCUUCUAGAUUAUUUUAAGAAGAUGCAGGGAGAAAACCCUGGCUUCUAUUAUGCAAUACAGCUUGAUGAUGAAAAUCGCAUGACCAAUGUAUUCUGGGCUGAUGCAAGAUCAAGAACAGCUUAUAAUUACUUUGGUGAUGCUGUAAUUUUUGACACAAUGUAUAGACCAAAUCAAUACCAAGUCCCAUUUGCUCCAUUUACAGGAGUCAAUCAUCAUGGUCAGAUGGUUUUGUUUGGUUGUGCAUUACUUCUAGAUGAAUCCGAGUCUUCCUUUACUUGGCUGUUCAGAACAUGGCUAUCUGCUAUGAAUGAUCGACCCCCUGUCUCCAUAACCACAGACCAAGAUAGAGCCAUACAAGCAGCUGUUGCCCAGGUGUUUCCAGAAACUCGCCACUGUAUUUGUAAGUGGCACAUUUUGAGAGAAGGUCAAGAAAGAUUGGCUCAUAUUUACCUUGCUCAUCCUUCAUUCUAUGGGGAACUAUAUAGCUGCAUCAAUUUUUCUGAGAGUAAUGCGGAUUUUGAAUCAGCAUGGAAAUCUCUUCUGGAUAAAUAUGAUCUCCAGAAAAAUGAUUGGCUACAAGCAGUGUAUAAUGCUCGCAAACAAUGGGCCCCUGUUUACUUUCGUGGUACUUUCUUUGCUGCAAUUACUUCAAACCAUGGAAUUAGCUCCUUUUUUGAUGGCUAUGUAAAUCAACAGACAACCAUACCUUCAUUCUUUAAGCAGUAUGAAAGAUCUCUUGAACAUUCAUUGGAAAAAGAAAUAGAAUCAGAUUAUGAGACCUUUUGCAACACACCUGUACUGAAGACUCCAUCACCAAUGGAACAACAGGCAGCAAUUACAUACACCAAGAAGAUUUUUGCUAAGUUUCAGGAGGAACUGGUGGAAACUUUUGCUUAUACUGCAAAUAAUGUUGAGAAUGGUGGUCUGGUCAGUAAAUACAGGGUUGCAAAAUAUGAACAUGAUCACAAGGCAUACAUGGUCUCAAUUAAUAUCUCUGAAAUGAAAGCGAAUUGCAGCUGUCAGAUGUUUGAAUACUCAGGCAUUCUUUGUCGACAUAUAUUGACUGUCUUCACAGUUACAAAUGUUCUAACCCUUCCAUCUCACUACAUUUUGAAGAGAUGGACAAGAAAUGCAAAAUCUAGAAUUGGAACAGAUGAAAAAACAACAUAUUUACUUGGCAUCGAAAAUCUGACUGUACGUUUUAAUAGUUUAUGUCGAGAAGCCAUUAAGCUUGCUGAAGAAGGGGCAAUAGCUGUUGAGACUUAUAACUCUGCUAUGAAUGCUUUAAGAGAGGGUGCUAAAAAGGUAGGUGUUGUGAAGAAAAAUGUUGCAAAAGUCAUGCCUCUGAGCACUCAGGGUAAUGGAAGUUGUCAGGAAGACAAUAGCAAGAAGAGCCCUUCAUCAAUUUCUGAAGUUAUCCCAUCAUUAUGGCCUUGGCAAGAUUCGCUGUCACAUCACUUCAAUCUUAAAGACGUUGGACUUCCUGUUGCUGAUCUGAAUCACCCUAAUAUGGCUCCUGUUUCUAUUCACCGAGAUAAUGGGCCUCCAGAUAACACUGUUGUCCUUAAUUGUUUCAAGUCUAUGACUUGGAUUAUAGAAAAUAAGAAUUCAAGCUCAUCCAGUAAAGUUGCAGUCAUUAACAUGAAGUUGCAAGAUUAUGGCAAGGGACCGUCAGGAGAGACAGAAGUGCAAUUCAGGGUGACAAGGGUCACUUUGGAGCCUAUGUUGAGGUCUAUGGCUUACAUCAGUCAACAGCUAAAUGCACCUAUCAAUAGAGUUGCCCUCAUCAAUCUGAGGCUUCAGGAUACAAAGGCAACUACUGGGCAAACAGAGCUGAAAUUCCAAGUUUCUAGAGAUACGCUUGGUUCCAUGCUGAGAUCUAUGGCCUUCAUCAGGGAGCAGCUUUAAUAGUUUUACUACAGCUUUUGGACGGAUAGACAGUGAUGGGAAUGUUAUAGUGCAAUACCAUGGAGACUCAUCCAUAUUGUGAAGGACAUGUUAUUCUUUUAAGGAUGACCAUUUUUUAAUGUACCUAGUGUGACCCUUCAAUAUUUCAUUGUGCAAGUAGCUAGGAAUUUCUGAAUAAUUGUUUAUACUAGAAUUGAGUAGGUCUUUUUUUUUGGCCUUUUCUGCUUUCCUUCUCCUCACCUUCUCUAGCUUAUAGAUUAUACACCAUUUCCAUCAUGGAAAUAUAUUUUGUAUACAUGGAACUCCUCCCAUGUUGUAUAAUAAAUACAAAGAUCUCAACAUUUCAAAGUUUACCUAUAAAUUUUAUUAAAAUAUUUCCUUUU